AUGAAAGGAGUGGGGGGUAAUUAUGAGAUUGUGCAGACAAUGAUAAGCGAGCGGCGGGGCCAGCGUUCCAAAGAGGAGGUGUCAGAAGAGCCGCGGGAAAAAGGACAAGUUGAUCAGCUGGAACUCGGUUUGAUUAGAUUAUAUCAGCAGAAAGCGUGUGUAUGUGUGUGGUGGCUUCCAAGGAUGAAGAUCGGUGAAGCGGCGUCGUUUUGGCUCGUUCUGAGGCAGAGAGGGACUGCGUAA